GAAGUGUAGACCGCUUUAGGCCAGCCCCAUGCUUUAGCUAUCUUGUACGAGGACAGAAAGAAGCUGACUGGGCUGGAUGUAUGGAGUUAGCGUCGCUACACAGAACGCAGUUCAGAGUACCUCUCGUGCAAUGAAAUUAGACCUCUUUUCUGAGUUGUAGAGUCGAGUCAGACCAGCUAGCGAGACAACCAUGGACACUGCGUUAGCCGUGAAAAAUCCCCGUAGAUUUUACCCGCAACCUGCCUCGACCCCUGUAACGCUGAUCUGUUGUAAAUAAUUUGGCACCACGUUUCAGUUUUGACGUUUUGACAAGUAACUGUUAUUUUUGUUUUAUGUACUGCCCUUGCUACGCAAAGUAGCUCACAAACUCACUGGACGGCAUGUUUCAGAAAACGUCUUUCACGACUCUUAUAGUCGGGGUGUUCGUCGUGUACGUGUUACACACCUGCUGGGUAAUGUAUGGCAUCGUUUAUACUAAACCUUGUGAUAACCCCAAAAGAGAAAAUUGCAUCAUUCCCUACCUGGCAGAAAAACCUCGAUUGCAGCUCAGCAUUUACACGUCUUUGAAACCGAACGGUGAAGGUGGCCAGAACCUGGUCCUCAAAGUGGAGGACUUCGAUAUACAUUCCAAGUUUGAGAGGACAGUGAAUGUGUCCCUGCCGAAGAAAACACGGAACAACGGGACUCUGUACACCCUGGUGUUUGUGCACCAAUCGGGUAUUUCGCCAUGGCAGGACAGCCGGCAGGUGCACCAGGUGGCUCAGCUUACUACAUACAUGCUGCCCAAACCUCCGGAGGUCAGCCUCAUCUCUGGCCAGGAUGCCCCACAGCCAGUGGAACAGAAGGGCACGAGCGACACCACGAUAGACAAACCUGUUUCACACUGGAGGUCCCGCCUCACCCUGAACAUUGUGGCGGAGGACUUCACCUUCGACCGUGAGGCCUUGCCCAGCGACGUGCACCGCUACCUGAGAGUAUUUCAGAUUGGAAAGAAGAUGGUGUAUCUCCCGCUGCUAUUUGUGGAUGAACUGAGCAACAGAGUGAAGGACUUGAUGGAGAUUAACAGCAGUACAACUGAACUUCCCCUCACUGUAUCUUACGACACCAUUUCCCUGGGAAAACUGCGCUUCUGGAUCCACAUGCAAGAUGCUGUCUAUUCGCUACAGCAGUUUGGCUUCACAGAAAAAGAUGCAGAUGAAAUCAAGGGCAUUUUUGUGGACACCAAUCUGUACUUCUUAGCACUGACAUUCUUUGUGGCUGCAUUCCAUCUCCUGUUUGAUUUUCUUGCUUUUAAAAAUGAUAUAAGCUUCUGGAAGAAGAAAAAAAGUAUGGUCGGGAUGUCCAGCAAGGCAGUGCUCUGGAGAUGUUUCAGCACCAUUGUGAUUUUCCUGUACUUGCUAGACGAGCAAACAAGCCUGCUGGUGCUCAUUCCUGCUGGAAUAGGCUCUGUUAUCGAGGUGUGGAAGGUUAAGAAGGCCUUCAAAAUACAGGUGCUGUGGAAAAGCAUGAAACCAACAUUCCUGUUCGGAAAAUCAGAUGAGUCUGAGAAGAGGACAGAAGAGUAUGACACUCUGGCAAUGAAAUACCUGUCAUAUUUGCUCUACCCUAUGUGUUUCGGUGGAGCCGUAUACUCUUUGAUUUAUGUAAAAUACAAAAGUUGGUACUCCUGGCUGAUUAACAGUUUGGUGAAUGGAGUGUACGCAUUUGGGUUCCUCUUCAUGCUACCUCAACUUUUUGUAAAUUACAAGUUAAAAUCAGUGGCGCAUUUACCAUGGAAGGCAUUCAUGUACAAAGCCUUCAACACCUUCAUCGAUGAUGUCUUUGCCUUCAUUAUCACCAUGCCCACCUCCCAUAGGCUAGCCUGUUUCCGUGAUGACGUGGUGUUCCUCAUCUACCUAUACCAGAGAUGGCUUUACCCUGUAGACAAGAGCAGAGUGAAUGAGUAUGGAGUGUCAUACGACGAGAAGCCCAAAGACAAAUCUCACAAGGACUAAACCCAAUGGCCAGAAAGACAAGCAAAAGGACACAAGGAAACUCAGUCCUUUUUCCUUCAGGAAGCUGAAAAUACCUGUUGUCGGAUGUCAUUGUCAGUGAAAGUAUUUGUUUCUGAACACACAUUGUGGGGACACUUUGGCCAGGUAUUGAUGAUGUUUGCAAGGUUAACGAUGAGUCCAAAUCUAGCGCUUCUGCGCCACAGCCCCGCCCCUCCCCUCGCUGCCCAUCUAAUUCUGAAGCAGAUCUGCCCCGCCCACCCCGGCCUUUGCUCCGUAUGGCUUCGUUCAGAGCUGACCUGUAGAAGCAUGCCGCCUGCAUUUGCUCAUCUCCUCCAGCAGAAGGCACUAACUGCCCUCACCAGCUGCUCAGUUCAUACAAGGAUGUGCGUCAAUGUUUAGUUUCAUUGAUAAAAACACAAACAAAAAAACCACAUACUGUCGCCUAAUCAUGCAGAGACCUAUUGUGUUUCUUUACACAGCACAGUGUUUGAAAAUUAAAAUUACUACAGUGCCAAAUGCAAGGAAAAAUGAAACUUUUAUUUUUUUUCCUUUGUUAAAGGGAACUUUAAUAUUUCAGUUUUUGAAUGAAUGAUGAUUAUGCUUAUUUCUAUAGCACUCACCACCACUGAUCAUGUGUACUGCAAGCUGCCAGUAAUCUGUGCAGAUGUUGUGAUGUUUUUGGAAUGGCUUGAACAUUAUAUUGUGACCUUCAGGGGGAAUAUAGAGGACCUGUCUACUGAUAAUUCCAGUAUGUGUGUCUG